AUGGCGCGUCUUGGCCGCGUUGGAUUCGUCGUCCUCGCAGUGGUCUUUCACCUGAUCUAUACAUAUUCUAUUUUCGAUAUUUAUUUCCUUAGUCCCAUUGUGAGUGGCAUGCGAUCAUAUGGUGUUGAUCGAUCUGCCGAUACCAAUGCCCCCGCCCAACGAUUGUUCCUUUUUGUCGCCGAUGGUCUUCGCGCCGACAAGGCCUUCCAAGCCGUUCCUGACCCUUCACCCGGAAAUGCCGAGCAAACCGACGAAUUGAUCCGCCUGUCACCUUUCAUUCGCUCCAAGGUUCUUGAACAGGGCACCUUUGGUGUCUCACAUACUCGAGUUCCCACCGAAUCUCGGCCCGGCCAUGUCGCCCUGAUCGCUGGUCUGUACGAGGAUGUCUCAGCAGUGACGACGGGAUGGAAGCUGAACCCGGUCAAUUUCGACAGUGUGUUCAACAAAAGUCGACAUACUUGGAGCUGGGGUAGCCCCGAUAUUUUGCCAAUGUUCAAAGAGGGCGCGGUACCUGGUCGAGUCGAUGCGGAUACAUACAGCGAGGAGGCCGAGGACUUCAGCGUGGAUGCAACGCAUUUGGAUACUUGGGUUUUCGACAAAGUCCGCGAGCUCUUUGAAUCAGCUGAGAGCGAUCCCGAGCUGAACGCGAAAUUGCGGGAUGACAAGCUGGUCUUCUUCCUUCACCUUCUGGGGUUGGAUACUACGGGCCACGCACACCGACCUUAUUCCAAGGAAUAUCUGCACAACAUCCAGGUGGUUGAUCGCGGUAUACAGGCAGUUACAGAGCUGGUGGAGAAAUUCUAUGACGAUGACAAGACCGCGUUUGUCUUCACCGCAGACCAUGGUAUGAGCGACUUGGGCAGUCACGGCGACGGCCAUCCAGACAACACGCGUACUCCCCUCGUUGUUUGGGGCUCUGGAGUUGCAAAGCCAUUGCAAAAUACCCCCGACGCCCCGACUGGACACGAAGAUGGGUUCUCGUCGGAUUGGGGAUUCGACAACAUCCGACGACACGAUGUUGCACAGGCCGAUGUCGCUGCUCUCAUGGCCUACCUGGUCGGCGUCGAUUAUCCAGUCAACUCUGUUGGCCAAUUACCGCUAGACUAUCUUGAUGCGAGCCCCCGCGAGAAGGCACUGGCCGUCCUCGCAAACACUCGGGGAGUGCUCGAGAUGUACCGCGUCAAGGAAGAGCAGAAGAGGGCAUCGGUUCUUCGCUACGUGCCUUUUGAGCCUCUUUCUGGGUACGGUGAAACUUCAAUUGAAGGUCGCUUCGCUAACCUCGAGGCUCUAAUCUCUAAUGGUGCUUACAAGGAAUCGAUCACUCUUUCUUCUGAUCUCUUGGUUCUCGGCCUUGAUGGUCUACGUUAUCUACAGACCUACGAUUGGCUAUUUUUGCGGACUAUUGUGUCCUUGGGCUACCUGGGCUGGAUUGCCUAUGCUUUAACCACGGUCAUUGACUUGCAUGUCCUGCAUAGUACAUCUAGCGCCCACAGAACCGUGGCCAGCAUCUCGUUCUUUUCGUCUGUCUUGGUGGUCUUAUUUUCUGUCUUCUGGUACCAAGCAUCAUCUUGGCGCUACUACUUCUACGGGUUUUUCCCUGUGUAUUUUUGGGAAGAGGUCUUUGCUCGGCGUAAGGCUCUGAUUGCCGGCCAGCAGGCUCUUCUUGGCCACGUUCACUCAUUCGGUGGAUAUCUGAACUUCGGCUUCCAGAUCCUAGCGUUUAUUGGCGUGCUUGAGGCAUUGGUCCAAGCUUACUUUCACCGAGAAAUCUUUUCAAUCUGCUAUGCAUUGGCAGCCUUCUGGCCUGUUGCUUACGGGUUCAGCUUCGUUAGAGAUCAUGUGCUCUUGACUAUUACUUGGACCCUUGGAUGCGGUCUGAUGAGCACUUUCACUCUCUUGCCCGUUGUCAAGGUCGAGGACGUUGAUACAAUUACCUAUGGAGGUCUUUUAAUGUUUUUCACUGGUGUGCUCUAUCUCCUUUUUGAGAAUUCCAUUAUUGGACGGAGUAACUCCAAACCCGCUGGUGCUGCGGCUUUUAACAGUGUUCAAUCACGGGUUAUCAUGGGCACACAGGUUGGUUUGGUUUUCCUUGCCUUGAUCGUGACUCGAUCAAGCAUUUCCUUCCUCCAGGCUCGUCAGGGUCUGCCCCUUGGUAAUCAAAUCGUUGGAUGGUCUGUUCUAGGAGCUUCCGUGCUGCUGCCAUUCAUCCAUCGAUUGUAUUCCAACAAUCACUACAUUAAUCGCCUCAUGGUCAUUUUCUUGGCUUUCUCUCCCGCGUUCAUCAUUCUCACAAUUGCAUGGGAGGGUCUCUUCUACUUUGUGUUCUGCUUAACACUCAGUACAUGGGUUCGUCUGGAGCACGCCAUCUUCGUUCACUCCGCCGAACACAAAUCAGAACAGACCUCAAAACCUGCGGCCGUCGCCACAUCGACUGUUGACGGUCAGAUAUACAACUACCGCUCCCUCAUGAUAUCAGAUGCUCGUGUGGCGCUAUUCUUCCUAUUCCUGAUCCAAUCAGCGUUCUUCAGUACCGGAAACGUCGCUUCCCUCUCCUCAUUCUCCUUGGAUAGCGUCCGCCGCCUGAUCCCAGUCUUCGACCCAUUCAGCCAAGGCGCGCUCUUGAUCUUCCAGAUUCUGAUCCCUUUCACCAUCAUCAGUGCCAACCUGGGUCUUCUCAACCGCCGACUGACAGUAGCACCCAGCGCAUUAUUCAUGGUAGUAAUGUCUAUCUCCGAUGUAAUGACAUUGAAUUUCUUCUACAUGGUGCGUGACGAGGGCUCCUGGCUAGAUAUUGGUAUGACAAUCAGCCACUUCUGCAUUGCUAGCCUUCUGUGCACUUUCGUUGCCGGGUUAGAGUUCCUCAGUGAGCAGUUGGUCAGUGGCGUGGAGUUUGGUCCAGUCAAGAGCGAAUUGGCUGGUAGCCACGAAGGGGAAGCUGCAACGAUUGAAUCUCAUGAGGAAUAUGUCGGAACUGGCAAGGGCCAGAAAGUGCACUUGCAGUAA